AUGGCCAUCAGCAUCAGCAGCAGCUCGGUGGCCGCAAGCAACAAGCGCCUCCUGCUCGUGGCCGCCGUCGCUCUGGCCCUCUCGGCGUCGCCGUCGGCGGUGUCGGCCCGCCGGUGCCCCGUGCGGCUGCGCCUGUACAUGCACGACAUCGUGGGCGGGCCGGGGCAGACGGCGGUGCGGCUGGUGAAGGGCCCGGGGCCGGAGAACCCGUCGAUGCACCCGGGGAACUACUUCGGCGACACGGUGGCGGUGGACGACCUCCUCACGGAGGGCCUCGCCGUUGACUCCGCGCCCGUCGGCCGCGCGCAGGGGACCUACAUGACGGGCUCCAUGCGCCACCCGGUGUUCGUGGUCGCCGUCACGCUGCUGCUCACGGCGGGGCCCUACAACGGGAGCACGCUCGUGGUGGCCGGCCGCGACGACACCUCGCUGCCGGUGAGGGAGCUCGCCGUGGUUGGCGGGACGGGGGCGUUGCGACGGGCAGCAGGGCACGUGCUGUGGAGCACGGCCAGGGUGGAGUCCGCGCUGCACGCCGUGCUGCUGCUGGAUGUGCACGCGUCCGUGCCGGCGCCGAGCAAGGCUGCCGCUACUGCUGCGGAGUCGCUCGUCAGUUCUGCCUGA